AUGUUGCAAUUAAGUAGGAAUCUCCGAGCUUUCAAUGGAACGGCACAGGGGAUUGCCAAUAUUGCUUUUAGCAGACUAUUGUCUACCACUAAACCGACUCAAGGGACUAAAGCUAUUAAAUUCUUGAAAGCACAAAAAAGAAGACAAAGAAAUGAAGUCAAACAAGCUAACCUAAAAAGCUCAUCUGACAUGGUUGACCCUGUGUUUGGUCAUAAAGAUACACCUUUUAUUGUCCGUAUUCAAGCAGAACUUAAGGAACCUAAUGUGUUGUCACAUGGGUAUGAAGGGAAAGAAGUUGAUAAAUUUUUGGCUGCUGUAGAUGCCACUGAACGUGAACAAGCAGAACUUUCUGGGUUAAACAUGGAACUUUUUGAAACAACUGAUGCCAAAGUUGUAGAAACUAGAAAGGAGGUCCUUUUAAGAAUUUUGAAUAUGAGAAACGCAAAUAAUAAAGAAUCUAUGAAGAUGGCUUUACGACUAGCUCGUGAAGAAUUUCAACGAUUCCCAGGUGACACAGGUUCUAGUGAAGUACAAGCAGCUUGUAUGACCGUUAAAAUAUUUAAUAUGGCACACCACAUACAAGAACACAAAAAGGAUUUUGCUAAUACAAGAUUGCUAAGAAUUCUUGUCCAAAAGAGACAAAAUAUGUUACAAUAUCUAAAGAGAGAUAAACCUGAAAAAUAUUAUUGGGCCAUUGAAAAGUUAGGUCUAACUGAUGCAGCUAUAACAGAGGAAUUCAAUAUGGACAGACGUUAUAUGCAAGAUUACAAAUUCUUUGGUGAUAAGAUAUUGAUUAAGGAUUCCAAGAAAACAAUCGAUGCCCAACGUAAAAACUUGAGAAUACAGAAGAUGGUUGAAAAUUCUGAAUAA